CUCAUGAGUUGGAAUUUUAUACAAUUUUGACUAUAUUCCGAGCAAAAUGGUUUUACUGACGAGUCUUAAAAGCCAGACAAAACUUGCCACAUGGCGCGUUGUGGUGCGCACUUUAAAGGUCGCCGUUGUGGGCGCCGGAGGUGGAAUUGGACAACCGCUAUCGCUUUUGCUCCGUCGCUGUCCUGGAAUCGAUGAACUGGCUCUGCACGAUAUCAGCGACAUGAAGGGAAUCGCUGCAGAUCUGUCCCAUGUCAGCCAAACGGGAAAGGUGCUAGGUUUUAGCGGUGAACAGGAACUGGAGCCGGCGGUGAGUGGAGCUGAUGUGGUGGUCGUGGCCGCAGGAAUGCCUCGUCUGCCAGGAAUGCAAAGGGAUCACCUGAUGGCCGCCAAUGGAAAUGUUGCUGUGAAAGUGGCCACCGCCGUUAGCAAUGCCUCUCCACGAGCUCUUCUGGCCUUCAUCACCAAUCCCGUCAACAUGAUUGUGCCCACAGCAGCGGAGGUUCUAAAGGCCUAUGGAACUUUUGAUCCUCGGCGACUCUUUGGUGUUACCACUUUGGAUGUUGUUCGGUCGAAAAAGUUCAUUGGCGACUCUAUGAACAUAUCUCCGGAUGAAGUUAACAUUCCAGUUAUUGGUGGCCAUGCCGGGAUCACAAUUCUACCCCUCAUCUCGCAGUGUCAGCCGCGGUAUAGAUGUGAUCCCCAGGAGAUACACAAACUGACUCAUCGCAUUCAGGAGGCGGGCACAGAGGUGGUCAAUGCCAAAGCUGGUAAUGGAUCUGCCACCUUAUCGAUGGCUUUUGCUGGGGCUACUUUCGUGGACUCCCUGCUGCGUGGAAUUCGUGGACAGGAGGGCCUCGUCGAGUGUGCCUUUGUCGCCUCCGAGUUAACCGAUGCCCCAUUCUUCGCCAGUCCAUUGGAGUUGGGAAAGGAUGGCAUCAAGGGCUAUAUACCACUUCCCCAGAUGAGUGACUACGAGAAGGAGGCUUUGGAAAAGCUACUACCUGUUCUAAGACAGAACGCCGAUGAGGGUGUCAAUUUUGCCAGAACUUUUUUGAAAGCACAAUCACAGUCACCCCUUCCAGCGGCUUUGCCAUAAAAUAUUUGUUACUUUAGUAUCUACGAAUUAAUA